AUGCGGCUUUUGUGGGGAAAUUUGGUGCUUUCCAUGUUUACUCUUUUCACUGUACUCACGCUUGAAGGCUGGAACAAUGUGGCCACAGCGACUGCAGAAAAGCACCCAUUUAGUCGGAUCUUCUUCGUGGCGUAUAUUUGUUUCACAACGUUAACACUUUUGAACAUCGUCACAGGGAUUAUCCUAGACGCAUAUGUAGACAUGUCCAACCGACUUCUGAAGGAGGCAAACUACAAGGAUGACUUGGAAAAAGACAUUCACAAUGAGAAAGUGCUGUUGUCAGCUUUUGAGAAGACGUCAUUCCUCGUCUGCAUGAGGCCUGCAGUGUCGACGUUUUCUUCUGAAGGCAGCGCCUUCACCACCGCGAAUUUGGAGCACACCACGAGUGGUUGGGCUGGCGGGGAUUCGGGGCAAGACAGCACUAUACCGACACUCUUAAGAGAAGGCGAAUCGCCGGCAACCUGGCGGCACGCGGUUGCCAGCAGCAGCAUGGUCACGCAGGCGGCGGCCUCCGCUUCUCAGAGCCCCAGGGCACCGACGUGUGCAGCAGGCGCUCAUUUCGAAAGGAAGCUAACAGGGGUUGCCAGCGAAGACAGUACAGCUCGCCCGUCGACAGAAAGUGCAACGGACUCUGAGCCUCUUCAGAUCAGAACGCACUUGCCGGACUCGCUUCAGUUAGAUGGGAUCAACAUCCGCACGUGCGUUAGAUACUUGCGCAUUGGAGGUCAUAAGCCCAUGGAUAUUCUCCGUGAUCCAACGGUUCAGGAUGCACUGCAGGCGGCGCGUAUACCUUUCUACCAAGCAUUUGACGUCCUCAGCAUGUUCCAUCAACGCGGCAUACAAUUCGUCACUGUGAAGGAGUUCGCUGAAGCAUGUAGCCGCGUAGUCGGCUCGGCAACAGGACGACAACUGCUCCAAGUGCAGCUGGAGCUUCAGCAAAAGCUGUGCGCUCUUGAGCAGUGUAUUCGUUCGUUACCUCGACAGAAACAGUUUAGGAGCAAUUACAGCACAACGUCAAAGCUCGACCUGUCGUGA